AUGCUGCGUACACUGUGUAGCCUGUGUCUUUCACUCGCCGCUGUCGUUGGCGCUCAGCAGUUUCCGCUAUUUGCUUCAGGACCUACAUCGAUACAUCCCCUCGGGAAUGCAGAUCCGUAUGAUGUAAAGCUCACCAGCUUCGACUCGGGAUUGUUCUCGCCCGUGGAGGACUUGAACGUGCUCUCGUAUGAUACAUACACCACGCUCUCGCAUCCUGCGUUCCCUAAGCAUAGCGUUCGCAUCAAGAGGUCCUCGAGCUUCUGUGAUGGAACAGUGAAAGCGUAUACGGGUUACAUCGACAUCGAGGCUAAGCAUCUUUUCUUCUACUUCUUUGAGAGCAGGAACGACCCGGACAAGGACGACGUUAUCUUCUGGACAAACGGCGGUCCAGGGUGUAGCUCUUCGGUUGGUCUCUUUAUGGAACUCGGCCCAUGCCGAAUCCCGGACGCAAACGGCACACAAUACAACCCUUACUCCUGGAACGCCGCUGCCAACAUCUUCUUCAUCGACCAACCCGUUGGCGUCGGAUUCUCCUACGCAGACCACGGCGAAUACGUUGGAACUACGGAAGAAGCCGCGGCAGACAUCGCGGCCUUCGUGGCGAUCUUCUUCGAGAACUUCAGCAAGUUCAAAGGGCGCGGGUUUCACAUGGCCGGCGAGUCUUACGGAGGCCGCUACAUCCCUGUCUUCGCUUCUGCGGUGUACGACCAGAACGCGCUGCUCGUCGAGGCCGGCCUGACGCCGAUCAACUUAACCUCCAUCAUGAUCGGGAAUGGCGUGACGGACUUCUACACCCUGACCCCGUCAAAGUACGAGAUGAUGUGCACGCCGGCGUCUGUAGACCCCAUUUUGCCUGUCGCGUCCUGCGUCAGGAUGAAGCAAGCGGUCCCUCGAUGCAAAAAAUGGAUGAAGGAGUCGUGCGUGGACCAGUUCGAUGCGAUGAACUGCGGCGCCGCGAUGAGCUUUUGCCAGUCCGAAAUAGACGCCGUUUUCCGCGCUACCGGCAUGAACCCAUACGAUAUCAGCAAGGAGUGCGAUGGCUCUAUCUCAGAGACCUUAUGUUAUCCGAUCACGAAAUACAUCAACCAAUACCUGUCCCGACCUGAUGUUCGCGAAGAGCUAGGCGUCGACCCGGCCGUGGAAGGCAACUUUACCUCUUGCUCUUCCGACGUUGGUUCCGCCUUCCGCGCCAACCUGGACGGCUUCCACCCGACGUACCUCUACGUGGCGGCGCUGCUCGAGCGCGGCGUGCGCGCGCUGAUCUACGUCGGCGCGUACGACUGGGUCUGCAACUGGGUCGGGAACGAAAAGUGGACGCUGGCGCUCGAAUGGACGGGGCAGGAAGAGUUCAAAGGGCAGGACUUGAGGGAGUGGACGGUGGACGGCGUCACGGCGGGCAAGACGCGGAGCGCGCAAGGGCUCACGUUUGCGACGAUCGCGGGGGCGGGGCAUAUGGUUCCGUACGACAAACCCAAAGAAUCUUUGGAGUUGGUGAAAAGGUGGCUUGCCGCCACUGGCCUCUAGGGUCUAGGGAGCAUGCACGCUGAAAGACUCGCACCCGAGACUCGCACCCGCAUCCCCCUCCGGGUUGGCGUGGAUGACGUGUAAUAAUCGAAUGGAAGGGACGACCUUCAUUACCAUUUUUCGUGCUGCUGCCUCAGGCAGAUGUUCCACAUGCCGGGUUAUCGUUCCAUUGUGUUAUGAAUGACGAUAACGCAACGUUGCUGUCACGAGUCUAGCUAUGCAAGAAGUGCAAAAUAUGCCACGUCUUACCGCAACAUCAAAU